AUGGUAGUGGGCCUCAUCAGCAAUAACGACGACUCAGCCUACAGAGAGGAAGUGAACCAACUCGUCGUCUGGUGUGACAAGAACAACCUGUCACUGAAUGUUAACAAGACAAAGGAAAUUACUGUUGACUUCAGGAGGAAGCACAUGAGGCUCUAUAGAGAACAUCCUGACCAGCAGCCUCCCAGUGUGGUAUGGCAGCUGCACCGCCGCAGACCAGUAGUCCCUCCAGAGAGUGAAAAACCCAAACCGACUGUGAGGGUGGAUCCUCAGAGCUCUGUCUACACUGGAGACACAGUUACUCUGAUCUGUGAGGUGGAGUCUACUGGAUGGGAGUUUCUCUGGUACAAAAACUCUCAGCUAUUACAGCCUCAGAAUCCUGCAGAUAAAAACACCAACACAAUCAGUGUAACAGUGUCUGAUGCAGGAACAGCAGAGUUUAGAUGUAGAGCACACAGAGGAGACUACAGCACACAGGACAGUGAUCCAGUCAAGAUUACAGUUAGAGAGAGACCAAAAGCUACAGUGAAAAUACAACCAGCUGAUCAUGUGUUCAUUGGAGAGACAGUCACUCUCACAUGUGAUAUAGACAGUGGAGGUUACUGGUGGUACCAUUGGUAUAAAGGUGAAAACGUUUUCAGUUAUUCUCAAAGGAGGAAGAAAUACACUAUUUCUAAAGUUGCUCAGUCUCAUAGUGGAGUUUAUACCUGUGAAGGAACACAGUCAGCAAACCCGCGUUACUCACAGACCAGUGAUGCUGUUACACUGACUGUAUCAGAAAAACCCAAACCGACUGUGAGGGUGGAUCCUCAGAGCUCUGUCUACACUGGAGCCACAGUUACUCUGAUCUGUGAGGUGGAGUCUACUGGAUGGGAGUUUCUCUGGUAUAAAAACUCUCAGCCAUUACGGCCUCAGAAUCCUGCAGAUAAAGACACCAACACAAUCAGAGUAACAGUGUCUGAUGAAGGAACAGCAGAGUUUAGAUGUAGAGCGCGCAGAGGAAACUACCAAUACUACGACGACUACUACAAGAAGUACGUCUACGGCUAUCACACAAAGUUCAGUGGUCCAGCCAUCAUUACAAUUGGAGAAAGUGGAGGUGGCUGGCAGUAUGAGUGGUUUAAGAAUAAUACACCUAUCAAAGCUGCUCCAGGAACAAAUAAAUACAAUAUUUCUAGUGUUGCUCAGUCUCAUAAUGGAGUUUAUACCUGUAAUGGAACACAGUCAACAGACCCGCGUUACUCACAGACCAGUGAUGCUGUUACACUGACUGUAUCAGAAAAACCUAAACCUGAACUCACAUCAAGCCAUAAAGGAGCUGCACUGAUAGGAAAUCCAGUGGUUCUGUACUGUAGGCUGGAUCAGUCUGCUGGAUGGAAGUUUUACUGGUUCAAACACUCACAGAACCCUGAGAAUGAGAUCAAGACUGAAACACACUCCUACACCAUCAGCUCAGUUAGUGUCUCUGAUGGAGGACAGUACUGGUGCAGAGCUGGGAGAGGAGACCCAGUCUACUACACUCACUACAGUGAUGCUCUCUGGAUGAACACGACUGAGGUGCGAGCUUCAUUCUCAGUGCUCUGUCUGCUCAGCUGUUUAAUGGCAGCGUCUCCAUAUGUGCUGGUGACCAUCGUGCUGGUGGUCAAAUUCUACAGGGCUCAAGACGCCUCCGCCCAAUCACUGACGGAAGGGCGCGUGCCCGCACGGAGACGCAACGUCCACGAACAACGAGGAGAUGAAUCAACGCGUGAGCUCCAGCCUUUGAUCGAGCCAGUCCUGAGACGACCCCUCCUGAAGUCAGCCCCCAACUCCCACAGCGGAAAGACUGCACUGCUGUCCCUCAUGUCCACAUGGUGA